CGAGAUCCCUCCAAUGCUUUUCUUCAGUCGGCAGCUCUAGGCCCCUCCCCCCGUCCGGCUCUACCAGCCCCGGAGGGGCUGGCAGGGCCCGCGUGGGGCGUGGGAGCGGAAGGCGCGCUCCCGGGGCGGGCAGAGGCGGGUGUCGAGGCCUGAGGGUGGGAACUGGGUGAAGGGCCCGACGGCAGGGUCUGUCCAGAACUGCCCGGACAACAGCGCGCAGCGAGGGUGAGACCCCGGCGGAGUCCCGUCCCUUCCCCUAAACUCCCAGCAGCCAGACUGGGAACCCCAGCUGACUCGGGAACCACACCGCGUCCCACUUCGGAGGGUGCUGUGUAUAUCUGCCCAGAACCCUGGCCCCAUCCUGCCUGGUUUCAUCUGUGCCUUACCCAGUAGACUAUGAGCUCCUUGAGGGCAGGGGCCAUCCCUUUUCUACUUCAGUAGUCACCUCCUAUCCCCAAGAUACUGUGGCCAUACCAGGGCUUGCCCAGAGGAGGGCUGAAGAGAUGCACUUUGAAUUAUCCAAUGAAGUUGCCACUAGAGAUAGAAGAUAGAAGCACAGGAUUUCGUCUGUCCUGGAGGAGCUGAUAGACUAGAUGAGGAGCUGAGAGAGACACAGGGAGCAAAGAGAAACAUUAGGUGCUAAAUCUUGUGGCACCCACUGUACUUAUUUCUGGAGCUCGGGGAAAGGACAGCUGGUAUGAGCUGGAUUGGCUGAGAAGGGCCUCCCGGUGAAGUGGUCCUUUCACCCAGCCCAAGCCUACAGCGGGAAAAGCAGAGAGAGACUUUGCCACCAAUGUCACUGCUGAACUCUGGCUGGCCCCACCGAGGGGAGAGGCUGACCCCUCCGGAGCCAAAUCCACCAGUCAACUCAGACAGCAACCCAGGUCACGGGCCAGAGGAGGACCCUGAGGAAACCUCUGCUCAGGUGGAUCCUGAAGUCCUGAGCUUGGGGAACCCUGGCCUGGACACCAACCAAGCCCCCAGCUGGCCUGGACUCCGGACCCUCCUGCAGCAGCUCCCUCCGCAGGACAGCGAUGAGCGCUACUGCCUGGCCCUUGGGGAGGAGGAGCUGGCUGAGCUGCGGCUCUUCUGUGCCCAGCGGAGGCGGGAGGCCCUGGGACAGGGGGUGGCCCGCCUAGUACCUCCCAAGCUUGAAGAAUGCACCUGUGAAAAGUGCAGGGAGCAGCUGAGGCCAGGGGAGUACGGAGUGUUCGCAGCUCGGGCAGGAGAGCAGCGCUGCUGGCACCGGGCUUGCUUUGCCUGCCAGGCCUGUGGCCAGGCCCUGAUAAACCUCAUCUACUUCUACCACGAUGGGCGUCUCUACUGCGGCCGUCAUCACGCAGAGCUGCUGCGGCCUCGCUGCCCGGCUUGUGACCAGCUGAUCUUCUCCCGCCGCUGCACCGAGGCCGAGGGACGGCGCUGGCACGAGAACCACUUCUGCUGCCAGGACUGCGCCGGGCCCUUGGGCGGGGGACGUUAUGCCCUGCCGGGCGGCGGCCCCUGCUGCCCCAGCUGCUUUGAGAGACGCUAUUCGGAUGCCGGCUCGAGUCCGGCCCCGACAGUGGAAGGCAGGGCGUCCCCGGGGGAGGCGGAGCUCGGCGGAAUUGAAGACGGGCACCGCGCCCCGCGGAAUGCCGCGAUCAUCUCCCGGGCAGCCAUUCUCUCUACUGCCGCCAGCUCCAGUCUGGAAACCCAGAGGGGGACGCUUGGAUCCAGCCCGGAGCAGGAGUGUAGAGCUGGGGACCAGGCGGAGACACCCAAAGGGCAAGAGCAGGGCUGCCCAGAGACUCCCCUUGAUCCCAAGGAGGACGCUUCCUGCGCCACCUGCUCCUCUUCCUCUGAAUCGGAACCCGAAGGCUUUUUCUUAGGCCAGCGCCUUCCCCGGCCCUGGGAGACCCCCGGCAAUCUCCAAGCUGGGGACAGCGACACCUCCAGGAAGCAUUGCACCAUUUGCUAGUGGCGCGGCCCGGAAAAAGGGUGGCGGGGGAGGUGAUCUGUAAGGUGAGAGAGCAAAGCUCUCCUCCCCCUAUAAAAAUCCUAGACUGAUCGCCAUCAGGGCCAUGGCUGGGAGAGGCGGCGAAAUGACAAAUUUGGAGUGCUUCCUUUUAGCCCGCACAUUCUAUGACUUUUCAUGGAGACUCUGGGGGAGCCCCAUUCCUCAGAGCUACGCAUCCCCUUUUGAGUGA